CUCUCUCUCUCUCUCUCUCUCUCUCUCUCUCUCCUGUUUUCCUGGAAAUGGCUCCCGCAGCUUCGAAUCCUUUCGACGACCACCAUCACCACACCAUGAGCUCCACCACAGUUUGUGUAAUGGAUGCGUCAGGCCACCUGGGCUCGACCCUCGUCUGGCGCCUCGUUCAGAGGGGUUACACAGUCCACGCCGCGCUUCAGAGCCAUGGGGAAUCGAAGUUGGAUUCGGUUACGUUUGAGAAUAACAAGAGGCUGAAGAUUUUCCAUUUAGACCCGUUUGAUUAUCAGAGCAUAGUUGAUGCUUUGAAGGGCUGUUCUGGCUUGUUCUACACCUUUGAGCCUCCACAAGAUCAGCCCGACUAUGAUAGUUAUGCUGCAGAAGAAGAGGUGAGAGCGGCACAUAAUGUUCUAGAAGCAUGUACCCGAACAGAAACCAUCGAUAAGGUGGUGCUCACAUCCUCAGUGACCGCCGUUGUUUGGAGGAACGACCGCAGUAGCAACAAAACGACGGCCGUCACAGCGGAGCUGGACGAACGCCACUGGUCUGACGUCAACUUCUGUCACAAGUUCAAGCUAUGGCAUGCCUUAUCGAAAACCCUAGCAGAGAAGACAGCUUGGGCAAUGGCAAUGGACAGGGGCUUGAAUAUGGUGUCCAUGAAUGUUGGGUUAAUGUUGAACCCCGACUUAUCCAUUACCAACCCGUAUUUGAAGGGAGCGGCAGAGAUGUAUGAAGACGGCGUGCUUGCCACUGUUGACGUUAAUUUCGUGGCGGACGCUCAUAUUUGUGUCUACGAAGAUGUCACAUCCUUCGGUCGGUACUUAUGCUUCAACAAUAUUAUCACUCAGUCGGAAGAUGCUAUUAACCUUGCUCGGAAAUUGACCCCUUCUACCCCGGCCUCGCUGCCCCAAAGCAACGGCCAGGACGUGAAAAUUAUCCAAGAGAGAAUAAGCAACAAGAAGUUGAAUAAGUUGAUGGUGGGUUACGAGAGUAUUUCUCAAGUGAGUUGAAGGAGAAUUUGUUGUAUGGCAUGAUGGUGGUUAAAAGAACCAUCACAUGAUUAAGGGAAUAAUAAUGUGUAUUGAUUUAUACAUACACCCACCAAUAUUAGUUGAUUUUUGGUUAAUUUCCUUGUUUUGGAGCUAGCAAGUUUGCACUAGUACUUACGAAGCCGCUCAAGGGGCUGCUGGUAUAUUGUAGCAUAUUAAUAGGAUAAGUUUCAGCUAUAUAUGUUUG